GUGAGUGAGCGUGUGAGUGAGUGAGUGAGUGACUGAGAGGACAAGGACAGAGGAAGCGCGAGCAAAUGAAAGGGUGAGAUAAGCAGACGGCAGCAUCUCUUCAGUGCAUUCAGCUUGCAAAAGCCUAGCAGGCAGGAAAGGCAGAGUAGAGGGGGAGACAGCCAACAGCUCACCAAAGGGGGCGACACCUCACCUCUCUCUUUCCUGCAAAUACACACUCUCACACGUCACGUACACGCAUUUGGAGGCGUGAGGCUGAGGAGGUGGAACACCACAUACACGCUGCUUUCUUCUGGCUUCGCUGCACUUUCGGGAGCUGUCUCUUGAAGACUGGACGAGAGGUGUUUCCAUCGCUUUAUCCAUCCUUUCCUCCCUUUCUGGUCUCCAUCCCUUCAACACAGCAGCAGCUCUACAUCCCUUGACCAUUUGGACUGAUUUGCUUGCUCUGUCAUUCAUCUAACCUCUGAUCCAGUCCAACUCUGCUUUCACUUCAUUCAUCCCUGGAAACCAAGACAUAAACAGACCUUCUGAGAGACCCGUCUUUAGCCUUCAAUCAUGAACUUCCUCCGGCGCCGUCUCUCUGACAGCAGCUUCAUGUCCAACUUGCCCAAUGGCUACAUGACAGACCUCCAGAGGCCUGACCCGCCCGCUCCUCCACCCCCCACCGCAUCCUCCCCUUCCCAGCAGGGUGCAGCUCCUGCUCCUGUCCCUGCCCAAUCCCCAACCAAGACUCCUUCACCUUCCCAGGUGCCAGUCAGCUCCCCUGCUGCACAGGAACGGCAUCCGACCCAGUUGGCUCAGCAACCUCAACAGGCCCAGUCUUCCUCUUCAUCCUCCUCCAGUGGUUCGUCUGGCUUCUUCAGCUCCUUCAGCUCCAUCACCAACGUGGUCAAACAGACGGCCACCGCCGCCGCCGGGUUUGUCGAGCAGUCGGCUGCCUCACCUUCCCUGUCCAAGAAGUUCAAGAUCCUGUUGGUCAUUGACGAGCCCCAGCAUGAGUGGGCAAAGGUGUUUCGAGGAAAGAAGGUCCUUGGAGAUUACGACAUCAAAGUGGAACAGGCCGAGUUCUCAGAAGUCAACCUCAUCGCACAGUCAAACGGAGCCUGUAAUGUGGACAUGCAGGUCAUCAGGGGCGGCUCCAAAGUGGUCAGGUCAUUCAGGCCUGACUUUGUCUUGGUACGCCAGCACGCCUUCAGCAUGGCCCAAAAUGAAGAUUUUAGGAACUUGAUCAUUGGCCUUCAGUAUGCAGGAGUCCCUUCAGUCAACUCUCUGGAGUCCAUUUACAACCUCUGUGACAAACCCUGGGCUUUUUCUCAGCUGAUUAAUAAUCAGAAGCGGUUGGGUUCAGAUAAGUUCCCUCUCAUCGAUCAAACUUUCUACCCCAACUACAAAGACAUGAUUACUACACCAAGUUUCCCAGUAGUGGUGAAGAUCGGACACGCCCACUCAGGAAUGGGAAAGGUCAAGGUAGAUAAUGUGAGCGACUUCCAGGACAUUGCGAGUGUGGUGGCCAUCACUCAGACCUACUGUACUACGGAGCCAUUUGUAGAUGCCAAGUAUGACAUCAGGGUCCAGAAAAUCGGCACCGACUACAAAGCCUACAUGCGAACAUCCAUCUCUGGUAAUUGGAAGAGCAACACUGGAUCUGCCAUGUUGGAACAAGUAGCCAUGACUGACAAGUAUAAACAGUGGGUUGAUACCUGCGCAGAGAUCUUUGGAGGGCUGGAUAUCUGUGCUGUCAAAGCCAUCUGUGGCAAGGACGGAAACGACUACAUUACAGAGGUUGUGGGCUCAUCUAUGGAGCUGAUUGGUGAUCACCAGGUAGAGGACCGCCAGCUAAUUGCAGAGGUGGUUGUGGUGCAGAUGAACCAACUGUCGGCUGUCAGGUCAUCCAGUGCCUCCCGCUCACCGGCCCGCUCCCCUCAAAGCCAGAAACCAACCACCGUACAGCCUCAGCAGAGCGCUGCCCUUAAGGAGGGACUGGCAGAUCCUAACAGGACUUCAGGCCAACGCCCCCAACCCCAAGGUGCACCACUGAAAUCGCAAAGCGUCGACGUAUCAGCAGAAUCAGCCAGAAGAGCUUCUGAAUCAGUACCAAAGCCCAGCCAGGUCCAGAAACCAAGUUCCGGUCCGACUCAGAGACCAAGCCCCGUCCAGAAGGCGGCUUCAGUGACAAGGCCUCCAGUGCAGAGACCUCCUCCAAUGACAAGAGCACCAUCCGUUGCAAAGUCAGCCCCAGAUUCUACUUCUAGUUCAGCCCCAGCCAAAGCUUUACCAUCAUCCCCAGCUAAAGCAGCAGCGGCUGCGACCCCAGGAUCUCCUUCCACCAAAGUAGCAGCAGCAGCAGUAGCUCCAGCUCCUGGCUCCCCUCCAGCUCCAGCCUCUGCUCCAGCUCCAGCCUCUGCUCCAGCUCCAGCCUCUCCCCCCGCCUCUGCUGCCACUACAGAGCAGCCUAAACCCCAGCCUCAGGGCUCUCCCUCUGCAGCACCUGGCAAACCAAAAGAUCUGCCACCGAAGCCUACACCACCUGCAAAGCCUAUCCCGCCCAUGCGCAGAAAUUCCAGGCCACAACUCCAGCCAAAGCCACAAACCCCACCUCCUCCAAAAGCUUCGCCUAAACCUCAGCCGGCCGCCCAGUCUCAAGCACCCACCCAAGCUUCAGACACUGCUUCGGCCCCUGAGCCAACACAGAUUAAUUCUCCAGCAAAAGCCAGCCAGUCCCCACCUAAGGUCCAGUCUCCAGCUAAUGCUCAGCCAGCCUCUCCUUCCCAGAACCCUGAGCCUGCUCCAGCUGAAGCAGCAGCUGCACCUGCUGAGGCCCAGGAUCCUGUGGAGGACCAGCCCCAGCAGAAGACCCAUCCUCUGCUGAAUAAGUCCCAGUCUCUGACCAAUGCCUUCAACGCCUUCAGUGAUUCCUCUUUCUUCCGUGGGGUCCAAAGCUCCGGCUCUGGCGAUGGCCAAGAAGAGGCAAAGGCGGAGACCAUUCGCAACCUUCGAAAGUCUUUCGCCAGCCUUUUUUCUGACUAGAUGCAACUAAACCAUACUUCUGCCCCUAAUUGAUGCUGGCCCGCCAUUUACCAGUGGCCAAUGUCUUGACUGACAUUAAAUGUGAAACCAGUCUGAGAUUGAAGUUUGUGUGUUAAUUGUACUGUAUUCCCCUGCGUCCUAAACCUCUUUCAGCUUCCCUGUGUGAGUAACGGUGACGCCUGCUGCGUACGGUGUUCUUUGGAAGAGUAAUCCAUUUGAAGGAGUUACCCUAUUGAAUAUAUGACAGAAUAUAUAAUACUUGAGCAGAUUAGAGAAUAUCUUUAUUUUUUUUUUCCAGAGGAUAUUUAAUGAUCAUUUUCAAAAGGUCAGUGGAAAAUAUAGCAUUCCAAAUUACAGGUGGCAUGUAAAUAAGGUAUAUAUACAUAGUAUAUAGAUAUAUACAUAUCUAACUACAAAGGGAAAUAAGCCAAUUAAAGAAAAAAAAUCCAGCACUACUUUUUAAUUAGCUUUUUUCAAUGAUAUAACUCUUUCACUAAGUUGCUGGAUUCAUACAAACGCACACUAAUUAGAUCAAUGAUGGUUAUCCCAACAAUGAAUCAGUGAGCGAAGAAAAGAAAAAGGAAAGAAAAAUCAUCUUUGAAGGGUUUGUUCCUAAGUGACUCCGGCUAUCUUGCCUCUGGUCCCUGACGACUGACCACCGGGCUCAUCCCCGCCUCCCCCUUUUCGUCAUAAAAGCCUUGAAGUUAAUUGUUUAGUGAGAGAGUUUGGAAUUAAAUGUAUAUUCAUCUGUGGUCACUAGUUGUGCAUGGCUCUUCCAAGUGUCUCGUGUCACUUUUGGAACAGAUGGGAACUGUAUCAGUGUUGAGUUUUGUCCUCUGUUGCCUCUCUCUUCUCUCUAGAUGUUGUAGCCUUAUCGUGACCGUUUUUCGAUACACAGCUGCGUUCGUGUGGCUGUGCAGACCUGGGUCGAUCUCAACCUGGAAUGUAUUCAUUUACUUUGAAGCAUUUGAAUUAAGAUGACCAUUGCGGACAAAACUGAUUGUAAUUGUUUUGGGGCAGAUUGCUGUGGGGACUAAGUCAGUUUUAGGCAGUGAAUGAAUGCAUUUCAAACUGUAACUCAUGUCUGUAGCUGUGACUGGUGAAUCCUUGUUUCAUCUCUGUGUAGAGCUCUCUGUAGAACUACGGUAUUGUAAUUUGUUGAUUAUUCUCAUGAAAAGACAUUGAGACAGUAGUGCAAUAACACCUCGACAUGACUGUUGAGCACUGUCACUCUAUCAUAAAUAUAAAUAUGAUCAUAUAUACAGCAUUUGUGGAUCUCUUGAAUAUCUUAUUCCUACAAUCCUUUUAAGAUUCCUUUCGAUGGUGGCUUUCCAGGUUGCGCUUAAUGUGCAUACAGCAGUGGUGUGUUAGAUUAAUAUGAUAGGUGGAAGUGUUGGGAUUUGGAUUUGUCAUCGGUCUUAUUUUUACAGAUUGAGGGAAUUUAAUGCAACCUGGAAUAUAAAUUCUUGAUUUUAAGACACAAUAGUGUCUCUCCAAAAAGAGUCAAACCUUCAACACAAGUCCUUUAUAUCAACCUUUCUGCUUAUCCAUCUCCAGUGCUAUGUUGAAAAUAAAUUACAGCAUAUUGUAUUUGUAUAUGUGUCAUCCCAGAAGUUUAUUUUUUUGUAAUAUAUAUAUAUAUUGAUUUAUUUAUUUUUGAAGCUCCAUAUUUAUGGUAAAGUACAUAUAGUUUGUUUUGUAUCGUGUCUUUAUUUGUAAUCCAGUACUGCUUUGCAUGAUCUGGUGACUUAAUGUUUACAUUUUUUUUCUGUA